GCAUCGGAAGAGAUCGUUGUUGAAGCGACACUGAGCGGCAUCAUGAAGCUGUCCUUGAUAGUGGCUACGUUACUCGGACUCACGAGGGGCGUUCCCCAGCCCGCUGCACCUGCUGGGUUUGUCACUCAACGAGGCACAAGCACUCAGUACAAGACCCAAGACAGUAUGGGCAACUAUCAGUUCGGAUACGACGUCUCACACAGCACCGGCAGCAGCUUUCACAAGGAGACGGGCUCCCCGGGAGUCAAGAUCGGCUCGUACGGUCUCCGCGACAUCGACGGCCGAGUCCGCGUCGUCAACUACGUGGCAGACUCGCAGGGUUUCCGAGCCGACGUCCAGACCAACGAGCCCGGUGUCGUCUCCAAAGACCCCGCCGGAGUCACCAUCAACCGCACUCCAUCGGUUCUACCUCUACCAGCCGUGGGCUUCACCCUCCGUGAAGACAAUGACCCGUCCGCUUUAGGCGUCCCAGAACCCGGCGAUGGAUCGUCUGAUCUUGCUCUUGCUGACACCGCAAGUCUGGCAGAACAUUCCGGUAGUCCGCUCACCGUCGACAACAGUCCACUAGGAGGAGCGUAUGGUGGCGACACCGUCCCCGAUGUCCCGGCUUCCAUUGGAGGCUCCAAGGACGUUGCCGUCACUCCUGCUGAAGAAGGCUCGAAGACCUCCAGAAAUCCAACACCGGAUGCAGGCCAGAACAAUUCAGGAUAUCCACCUGUUGUUCAGGAAACGGACAUUGUGGCCAACCCUACAGUUCCGGCGGGGCAACGAAAACCAGGCGGCGUUCAGUCAUCUCAGUACCCUCCCGCAGUAGGACCUUUGGGCGUCGGGCACGGGGCUGGGGUCUUAACGGGAAUGAGCCCUGGUCAGGGCCAUCCGAAUCCGGGGUAUCCUUUCGAAGUAAUGCUUCACGCAGGUUAUCCAGUACAUGGCCACGUACGGCCCGAGCAUCCCUGGCGUAUACCACCUUUCGCCCAGCCGCACGGUUAUAAUUUUCCUGGACAGGAGUAUUCGCACCCCGGUCAUCCGGGAUUUUACCAUUAUGCGCCCUACACGCCAAACCAUUAUGGCUACGCGGGAUCGCGAUUUAAUUACUACGACAUGCCAUUUGGUGUGCAUGGAGUACCCCACCAGCUGUAUGCGCAACCUCAUCUCGGAUACUUACGCUCGGCUCUCGGUGUCUAG